GACUUUACUUUACUGCGUGUUAUUGGCCGUGGUGCAUAUGGUAAAGUCUUUCUUCGAGCGUCAUAUUUACCAAAGUCCAACAAUUUGUUUGCCAUGAAGGUGUUGCGCAAAGCUUCUAUUGUGCUGCAUGGGAAGGAGACGGAGCAUACUCAAAACGAACGUUCUAUUUUGGAAGCUGUUCGUCAUCCGUUUAUUGUAAAGCUUUUGUAUGCAUUUCAAACUCCAGAAAAACUAUAUCUUAUUCUAAGCUACGCAUCUGGUGGUGAACUGUUUACAUAUCUUGCACAUGAGCGAAUGUUUUCAGAAAAUGUAGCAUGCUUUUACAUUUCUGAGCUGCUGCUUGCCAUUGAACAUUUGCAUUCGCUUGGCAUUAUUUAUAGAGAUCUCAAACCAGAAAAUGUACUGUUGGAUUCUGAGGGACAUGUUAUUUUGACAGAUUUUGGGUUGUCAAAAGUAGCGGUUGGUGCGUCUACAAUAUGUGGCACAGUGGAGUUUAUGGCGCCAGAGGUUAUUGAAGAAAGGCUCGAGUAUGGGAAUGGGGUUGAUUAUUGGUCACUUGGAGUUAUGCUUUACGACAUGCUUACAGGCUCUCCUCCAUUCUGUGGCGGGAACAGAAAAAAAAUCAUGGAAGCCAUUUUAAAAAAGAAACCAACGUUUCCAAAGUAUAUGACGGCAGAUUCUCGCGAUCUGUGUACAAAGCUUUUAAAAAAGAAUCCGGACCAACGACUGGGAACAGGCGAGGAUGGAGCCAUGAAAGUCAAGAAACAUAAUUUUUUCCGCAAGACUGAAUGGAAGAGACUUUUGGCACGAGAAGUCACACCUCCUUUCAUACCCAAACUGGUAUCAGCAGAUGACACGAGUAACUUUCAAGCAGAAUUCACUGCAAUGCCACUCACCGACUCUCCGCCUCGACCAGGCGAAAGUUUACUACGAGCGAGCCAAAGCGACAAGUUUUUAGGGUUCAGUUUUGUAGCC